AUGGUUAAUCAUAACCGGCAAUGGUUUGUCUUCUGUGUUCUGUGGCUAGGUGUGCUGAUCAGAUUGGCUGGGUCUACUCUGUGCUCUGGAAGAGUUGAAAUCUAUUACAACAGUUCCUGGGGAACAGUCUGUGAUGACGAUUGGGACUUAAAUGAUACUGAGGUAGUGUGCAGGGAGUUGGGCUGUGGUACAGCACUGAGUGCCCAUCAGUCGGCCCACUUUGGUGAAGGAACCGGAUCGAUCUGGCUUGAUGAUGUGGGCUGCUCAGGAGGUGAAAGGUCUGUAACAGAGUGUCAGCAUCGAGGAUUUGGGAGCCACAACUGUGGACACUCUGAGGAUGCUGGUGUUAUCUGUUCAGCAAGCCUCCAGAAGCCCAGCAUCUCCAUGAAUCCCAUUGGUAACGUUACCUGGGGUCAGGACGUAGCCAUCACUUGCUCGAUCUCAACUCAGCAUGUAGGAGGAACAUUCACCCUGCAGCAGACCUCAGGCUCCUUCAGAAAGACCCAAACAUCAAGUACCAAUUCUACUUCCUUCAGCAUCUUACAGGUGGACUUUGACAACGAAGGAUCGUACCAGUGCCAGUAUCAGACAACGGUUUCAAGUCGAGACUUCAGCUCCCCCCUAAGUGAUUCUCUCAGACUCUCUGUUAGAGGAUAUAGCAUAAGAUUUUGUCCUAGCUACAGCUGGUUUGCCAAGUCUGGAGAAGUUCAGGUGUCAACGCUGAGGAGUGUUAUGGGAGCGGAGUGUCCGGAGUGUGUUUACAAGCACAACUUGAAUCUGAGUGACGAGGAGCAAACAGACGUUACCGUCAUACUGGACGCAUUGGAACGGGGAUCCAGCAAUGAUGAUGAUUAUCAGGUCGACUCUGGUGGUCUUGAUGCUGAUUCCUCUGCUUCUCCUGAGUCUGUGGACGAGUUAGACUCUUGUCCUGUGUAUGAGAACAUCACAGACGCUGCAGCACAGACAGAAUACAGAGAGGAGCAGGAAGACCUGGUGUGA